AUGGCGUCAAGUAUUGACAGCCUUGGUUUUUUGGUCUUCGACGUCUUCCGAGGACUUACCUUUGCUGUCAGACCCCUCCCAGCGCAAGAGAAGGUCCUGGCGAUCGCGGUGUUUAAGAAGCCUACGACGAGUCUGCGUGGGAAUCUUGAUCAUGCUUUCAUUUCAAUCUCCUGCGGUAUCGUCCUAUCUUUCUUUCCGGACGAGUACGACCGCGCCGCUCAUAAUUGGCUGCCGAGCGUGGACAGCGCCAGUGCCGACACCAAGCACUGGCCUACUGAUGUCUCGCGCGAUAUAAUCCCUGUCGACUGCCACUCUCAUAACGACUAUUGGCGCCGGGUCCCGCUGUACUCCGCACUGCAGGCAGGAUGCGUGGGCGUCGAAGCCGAUGUCUGGCUUUUCGAUGAUGAGCUCUACGUCGGCCACACCACAUCGUCGCUCACUUCGCGCCGCACCCUGCGGUCGAUGUAUGUCGAUCCGCUCGUGGCUAUCCUGGAACGUCAGAACCCAAUCACCGAUUUCCAACCAGGCGCAAACAUCCCCGCGCACGGCGUGUUCGACACGGACCCUGGCCAGUCGCUUCUGUUAUUGAUUGAUUUCAAAACUGCCGGUACAGAAACCUGGUAUGCCGUAUCGAAGCAUCUAGGGCCACUGCGGGACCGCGGCUAUCUAACGCACUUCAAUGGAGAAGAGCUCAUCCAAGGCCCGAUCACCGUUAUCGGGACAGGGAAUACACCUUUCAACCUUGUCACAGCAAACACCACCUACCGGGAUAUCUUCUUCGACGCCCCGCUGGACAGACUGGUUGACGAAGAUCCAGAUCAGUCCGCAUACACCCAACAAAACCUAGAAAUGGUCUCACGCGACACAAACACACAAUCCACAAACCUGGGCCAAGGCCAGUCCGGCAUGCCGGCAGUAAUCACGGCCAACACUUUCAACUCCACCAACAGCUUCUACGCAUCUGUUUCAUUCCAAAAGGCAAUUGGAUUCCCCUGGCCCUUCCACUUCACACAGCACCAGAUGGCCCUGAUUCGUCGUCAUGUGCGGGUUGCACACCGCCAGGGCUUAAAAGUCCGUUACUGGGCGUUGCCGAGUUGGCCGCGCAGUCUGCGGAAUCACAUCUGGCGUGUUCUUGCGCAGGAAGGGGUCGAUAUCUUGAACGUUGAUGAUCUGGUGGGCGCUACGAAAGGAGACUGGAACACGAAGGUUUUCGAUUGGUGGCCGUGA